UUCAGUAUGCUUUCCGUAUUGUUUAUUAUCUGUAACCUGCCUUUGUGGGUAAUAGCUUUCCAUAAGGCCAACGAAACGGAGCCACGAUGCAAUCCGCAAUUUCAGUGCGAUACAUAUUUUUCUGUGGCUGGUUUUGCAGAGGUAAGCUGGAUGGAAGCUAACUACAUAUGCAAUAGAGCUGGCGCCGUUCUAGCAACUGUCAGAAAUGAGGAACACCAUCAGCUGAUGCUUCACUACGUUCAUAAGAAGGAAGUGCUGUUUGGCAACAAGACUUUCUGGCUGGGAGCCACAAAUCAGGUGGAGCGCACAUACUUCUGGACCUGGCUGAGCACUGGCAUUCCCGUGACCUACGGCCAGUGGGGCAGGAGGGAACCCAAGUCCGAUCGGACUGGAGAAGACGCCUGUAUGAUCCUUGGGUUAGACAGUUUGUGGCACAGUGCUCCCUGCAAUCAAAAACACUAUUUUAUCUGCGAAAAUGUUUGCAUGCUAAAUUAUACAUCGUUAGACAAGAGAGUGUAUAUCUAAAACUGUAUCUUGAGAGGCAGAAAUAGCUGUUAAAAUUUUUAAAGAUUCAACAAAAGUUUUCCUAAUAAAUUGUAAACAGAUCACUAAAUAAAUUUUACAAAGCAAUAUCAA